AUGGAAAAAUACAGCCAGUUCCGCGACAAAGGCACGGCCAUAGCGCCAUUCUUGCCCGUUCCUUCCCCUCCUACCAGUGUCGUCUGGACGCCGAUUCACACCUUCCUCUUCCUCUUCCGCGCGCCAUUUGUCCUCUCCCUGUCGGUGUUCUACUUUGGACUCAUCGAGUGGCUACCUGUUGGCGGCACAAUCAAGUAUGUGGUACUGUGGCUCCUCUUGGGCGUAACCGGAGUAUGGUGGGUUGACUUUCAAGUCGACGGCGUGAAGCGUGGAAAAAUCUCAGCAGCAAAAGAGCAUCUCCCCAAGGCCGGCACGAUCAUUGCCUCCUCGUUCACGUCUCCUCUCGAUCCUCUCUACCUCGCUGGCAUCUUCCAACCCAUCUUCACUCGUUCGUACCCCAACAGCCGGAGAGUCGAACGCAUAACUCUCUUCCGCGCGAUCCUCCUCGCCUUCGCGCCUCCCACUAUCAUCCCCCAAGACGAAUCUAAGCUCGUCACCCUCGCAGCCCUCAUCGAGUCGAAUCCCGGCAGCAUAAUCUGUGUAUUCCCAGAAUGUACGACAACGAACGGCCGCGGAAUCCUGCCUUUGAGCCCUAGCUUGUUGAGUGCAGAGGGCGACACGAAGAUCUACCCGGUCAAUCUGCGCUACACGCCUCAGGAUGUCACCACGCCCAUAAGCGGCGGGUAUGUGAACUGGCUGUAUCAGCUUCUCUCAAAGCCAUCGCACCAGAUGCGCGUCCGUAUUGCUACACGGGUCUACAACAGCACUAGCAUCGACUCGCCCGCCAGGAAAUCGGAAAGGGCAAGUGGUACAGGGUACGAUCACAACAUUUUUGAUGCACCAGACUUCCGCAACGGCGGGAACGGCGGAUUGGAGAGGGAGACUGGCAUGCACGUGGCAACGGGCGAGAGCGAGGGUGGGGUUAGUGCGCAAGAGCAGAGAGUGCUGGAUCGUGUUGCCGAGGACCUAGCGCGGCUAGGAAGAGUGAAGAGGGUAGGACUCGACAUGGGCGACAAGAUUGAGUUCCUGAAGGUCUGGCUGAAAAGGAGACGUUGA